GAUUGGCCCGCGGAGUCUCCGCGUUCGAUUUUGGAAGGUCCGCUCCGCCGCUGUCUGCCCAACUGCGGCCGAGGAUUGGCUGUUGCCCGGUUUAGGAGCGUUUGCUUUCUCCUGGGGAGCUGUGGCUGCGAUCCAGGUGGCCGGGUCAGGCUCGGGGCUGCGUUCUGCCGCCUCGGGCAACCGGGGCAUCCAGAGUACCUGUGAUGGGGACCCCAGCUUCUGUGGUGAGUGAGCCACCCCUGUGGCAGGUCCCAGCAGAAGCCCGGGGCCGCAAGCAGGCAUCAGCUAACAUCUUCCAGGAUGCUGAGUUGCUGCAGAUCCAGGGCCUGUUCCAGCGCAGUGGGGACCAGCUAGCUGAAGAGCGGGCCCAGAUCAUCUGGGAGUGUGCAGGGGACCACCGUGUGGCAGAAGCUCUGAGGAGGCUACGCAGGAAAAGGCCCCCCAGACAGAACCACUGCAGCCGGCUCAGCAGGGUGCCAGAGUCUGGUUCUACAAUAACUGACCCACAAAGCAGUGCCACUGAAGUGACCUCCAGCGAGCAGUUUGGGAACUCCAGGAGGACAAGUGCCAGAGUCCACCGCAACUGGAAUAAGCCAGGCCCCACAGGCUACCUCCACCAGAUCAGACACUGAUCCACACUGAGCCCUCAAAUGGCAGCAUCCUCUCCAGGAAUCACAGGGAUAUUCCAAAGGGCCUAGGGAGGUGCAUAAAGGAGACCAGGUAGAGCAGGGCCCUACCUGGGUUAAUAAAAGUGGUCACAAGGCUGUUGUACUCAGUUCAGAACACAACUGUAGGCAUCCACUUGGCUGUGCACUAUGUGGGACCUGUUCUGAGCAAGGAUAUGCUGAGGCUACUCAUGCCUCAGCCUUUUUUGACUUAAGGGUGUAGUUGGGCUGCAUGACAUUUCCCUGGGAUAGAAGUGACAAGUACUCAUCUCACCACUUCUGCUAAUUGCCAGUUACUGUCACCAUGAUUUUUCAUUUGAUCGGCUGUGCCACACCCUUGUCCGUUGCAAAGAGAAAAAUUGUUUAAGUAGCAAAUAAAAACAUUUGCAUAA